AAAGCAUUCAAAGACAAAAACAGAUGUGAGGCUGGUCUUUUUGGACAUCCUCACUCAGUCCUACAUAUUUUUAAAAAGAAACAACAGAACUUUUCUCCACAAACUUAGGAUGUCCCAAGGCAGCUUUGUCUUUUCUUCCACGGCCUUGCGUUCUCUCGAGCUUGACAAGGACAUGCUGGAGAGGCACAAAUACAAGACACAGCUUGCUACCCAUCACCUCAGCAGCUAUAUGCUGAAGAAGGAGGCAAUGGAAAGAGCACAGAGGAGGUCCACCUUCGCCCGGCGACCAGCCGUCUGCCAAGAUGUCGUCAUCCACAAUGCUUUAUAUACGGGAGAUGUGGAGGCUUUGAAGCGUUUCUUUCCGAGAGGAUCCAUGGCGAACCUUGUCAUAGAGCCACAGGGAGGGGACAUGCGCUGGAUGGCCCGGGGAGAAGGACUGUGGUCUCUGACAUAUGAGCAAGAGCUGACAACGCCACUUCACAUCACAGCAGGUCGAGGAUUUGUAGACUGCCUGAGUCUCCUGCUUGAACGUGGGGCAAAUGUAGACCUGGCUCCUGGAGGCACCACUGCGCUGCACGAGGCCUGUGAAAGCUGCCAGGCAGAGUGCGCCAAACUGCUGCUGAUCUAUGGAGCGAACGCAAACGCUGUCUCAGAAGAGGGGCUGAUGCCUCUGCAUGUUUGCACAAGCUCUGAGUCCUUUGAGUAAGUAUGAAUAAUUACUGUAAAGAGGCCA